AUCCAUAAGCUGUAACUUCGGAAUAUAUAAACAUCUUGUUGUAGGACCUAACAAUGACGAUGCUUCUGUUUGUUAUCAUCGUGGCCAUUUACGGCAUCACGGUAAAAGGGGAAUGCUCGGAAGCAGAGUAUCAAUGGAGUUUAGAAACCUGUACAGAGAUAACAACAAACUCUGGAGUUUCAAAAGACCUUAAGGACAUGACUGAUGAGGAGAGAUGGGCAGUGUGCUCAAAUUAUCUUGAAAGAGUAUGGUGUGUACAUGGUAUACUCAACGUGUGUGAAAACUCGCCACAGUUAAUGUUCCGUGGUAAUAGCUUGGAUGAAAUGAAAGCUUUAGUAGAGGAUCAACGCAAAGAUCUUCAGAAGUUUUGUGGUAGAGCACAUGACUAACAACGCACAGCAAAGAACUAUACUUCAGGAUGAUUUCUUUAAUACUCCGUCAACCAGAUUUAAUGGUCUCCCAGUAAAUUCACAUUCGUAGCUAUCAUAACUAUUGUAACAUCCGUCUAUAAACUAUGAUACAUGCUAAUUUUAAUUUGUGAUUAAAGAAGAUUUUCUAUAA